AUGAUCAGUUUGGCAAAACUCCAAGAACAGUUCUACAAUGGUUUUCUUAAUGCAUUACUUAUAUUAUUAAAAAAGGAUGGUAAUAGUAAUGGAUCAAUGACGAACUUCCGACCAUUAUCAUUGAUGAAUAUCGACUAUAAAAUAUUGUCCAAGGUUUUAAGUGUACGUCUCAGAAAAGUCUUGCACAACAUUAUUCAUCAUAAUCAAACAUGUGGUAUACCCGGUCGGACAAUUCAUGAUAAUGUUCAUACUAUCCGGUCGAUUAUUGAAUGUUAUUCAAGAAAUCAUGAACCAAUUGGUGUAGUGCAAUGGGACCAAGAAAAAGCUUUUGACCGUAUUAAUCAUGAUUAUCUUGUAGAAUUACUUAGACGUUUUGGCUUUGGUAGGGAUUUUAUCAGUUGGAUCAAGUUAUUAUAUACAAAUGCAACGUUUAGAAUAAAAAUUAAUAAUGCUAUUAGUGACUCAAUACCUUUUAAAUCCGGUGUUCGUCAAGGUUGUUCAUUAUCAGGUAAUCUAUUUGUAAUUUGUUUAGAACCAUUACUACACAACAUUAGGCGUAAUCCACGAAUUCCAGGUGUUAUACCUCCCGGUGGACAAUAUCCUGCUGUUAUUAAAUCAAUAUUUAAUGGUCCUUCUGCCAACACUACAAUCAAAUUAUCUGCGUAUGCAGAUGAUGUCACUACCAUUGUGUUUAGUGUGGAUGACGAAUGUUCAACAAAAGCCACGUUUCAAUUAUAUAAUAAAGCAUCUGGUGGAAAAACAAACGAAGAUAAAACUUUAAUCCUUUGGUGCUCCGAUUGGCUAGAUCCACCACCUUUUGAAUCAAAAGUGAACCGAAAUUGGGGUGAUUUUCUUGGCGUACCAAUAGAUACAACAGGGAAAUUUUCAUCUUCAGAAUUAACUAAAAUUGUAUCAAAUGUGAGAAGACAAAUUGGUAUAUGGUCAAACAUUGAAUCAUCAUUAUUUGAACGUGCAACGAUCCUGAAGGCUUUUAUAUGUAGCCGAUUCGUUUAUAUAUUUUCGUUAAUGUUAGUAUCAAACAAUAUAGUUGAUAAUUUACAAAAAGAGAUCAAUAAUUAUCUUUGGAAGCAAAAACGACCUACUGUUAAAUUCAAAACUUGUAUAGGUAAGAGAAGUGACGGUGGUGUUGGUUUAAUACAUCUCAAUGCAAUGAUUAGUUCAUUUCGAAUUAAAUGUGGCUUAAAAAUGAUUGAUCCCGUACCAAGAGUAUGGAAGUUCUAUGCUUAUCAAUAUUGUGGUAUAGCAAUACGUCCGUAUGCACCAUGGAUUUGGUCCAACUUAGUGCCACAUUUUGACGAUAAAAUAUACUUCUUUGGUGACGUCGCCGUUCACACCGGUAAAUGGCUUAAAGAAGGAGGCCAUACAUUAAUCAACAAUAGUGAACAAACGAUCUAUUGGCAUUUGAUAUAUCGUCGACUAUUCCAACAAUCCAUUUGUUAUCAACGAAAUACACAUUUGGAAAACUCUCCUUUCUUUAAGAUCAUUCAUAAUUGUGGACUAUCUUCAGCUGCAAUAGAAUUUUGGUUUUUGUUGGCACAUUAUGGAAUUAAUACACGUGCUCGUUUAGGUAGAAAUGAUGAAGAAAAAAGAUGUUACUUUUGCGAUUUACCAGAAACAACAUCACACUUAUUUAUUACAUGUCGCUUUUUCAAUGAGGUUUACUUGUUGUUAAUGGAACAUGUCAGAAGAAUAUCUGGUUUAUUCAUAUCAAGAGAAGACGAUACAAUUAUUUAUCUAAAGAUCAUUUCAGAUAUUCCAUCGCGAAUUAAACAGAGGCAAAUUACAUAUUUAGUCGGAAAUUAUUUAAACGUGAUAUGGCGUUUUCGUACGUUCUCAUACGUCAGAGUCAAUUGUGAGCCGAUAUUUGGAUGUGUUAAGACAUUCAAUGCAUAUCUUAAAGAUAUGUCUUAUGAUAAUGGGUGA